AUGGUUGGUAUAUUAACAAAUCUUGAACGAAGAUUUGGCAUAUCAAGUAAAAAAUCCGGUGCCUUGCUAUCAUUUUACGACAUCGGCCAUACUGCUGCUGUAAUAUUAAUCGGCUUUAUCGGUUCUGGCAAAAAUCUUCCCAGAAUUACUGCUACUGCCGAUAACAUUGCAGGAGUAAUACUCAGUGCAGUAUCGAUGUUUAUUUUAGCACUUCCUGUGAUUUUAUUUGGUCCAGAGUCAUUCGAUGAAAUGACACUUGCUCGACAACACCAAAAAUAUAUAUUGGAGAAUAUCUGCGACCGAUCCCGAUUUCCGCAGGACCUGGAACAAAACUGUAAGCUGGAACGUGAUGAACAUCUCUUCGCAUUCUGCGUCCUUUCGAUCGGACAAAUCUUGGCUGGUAUCGCUGCCGCACCGUUUAACACAAUUGCUUACGUCUAUAUAGACGACAAUGUGCAAGAUAAAUCGAAGUCUCCAUUUUAUCUCGGAUUGCUUAGCAGUAUGUACGCGUUUGCGCCAGCUUUUGGAUUUGCUCUCAGCUCAGCUGUUACUCGUAUUUACGCGACAAUCGUUGAUGGUUGGAAUUUUUGUGGUUUCAAAAGUUGUUGA